GUGGGUCACAGAUAAAUUCAGCAUCGCUCAGUUCGAAAUUUCUCCUUGAAUUGGUCGGUUGCGCUGUUGGUCAUCGGUUGAUUAACACAAUGCGAAGUAAUGCAGUGUUAAUAUUCCUCACCCUUGGGUUCUGCUCAUGCGCAAUUGGUUCCCGUAUACUUGGUUUAUUUCCUGUGCCGAUUCGCAGCCAUUAUGUUUUCUAUGAAAAGCUGCUCGUCGCAUUAUCAAGCCGCGGACACACAGUCGACGUAAUCACACAUUUUCCCAGUGGUGAAACCAUCAAAAAUUUCAAUGAGCUGAGUGUCGCGGGGUCUAUGCCUACGUUAGAAAAUAACAUCUCGAUUGCCGAUCACGAUUGGAAGACUAUAGUGCAUUAUGCAUUGGAGUUUGCAAACAUGGGUAACGAUGCGUGUACGUCUGUAUUGAAACAUCCCUUAAUACAAGAGUUGAAAACACCAUCAAAGCAAUAUGAUCUUGUGAUCACAGAGAUGUUUGUCACUGAUUGUCUGCUACCAUACGCGCAUAUCUACAAAGCGCCGAUAAUUGGAAUAUCGAGCACGGGGAUCAUGCCAUGGGCGGAUGAACGCAUGGGUAAUCCUGAUAAUCCAGCGUAUAUACCAAACUAUUUUCUACCACUACGCGGAAAGUUGAAUUUCGUCGAAAAGUGUUUCAGUACAAUGAUGAAUAUCGCAUCGAAAGCAUGGUAUCAUGUAAUUUUAACAUUACCAGCGGAGAUUCGUGGUCGGGAAGUGUUUGGUGACAUGCCACCUAUUGAAAACAUUGCGAAGGACACAAUGUUAUUACUUGCCAACCGCCAUUUUAGUUUGGAUGAUCCACGACCCUUAGUACCGGGUGUUAUUGAAAUUGGUGGAAUGCAUAUUGACGCGCCUAAACAAAUAAUACCAGAGAAAUUAGCAACGUUUGUUGAGAAAUCACAAGAUGGCGUUGUCUACUUCAGCAUGGGUACAUUAAUCAACAUGAAAACUUUCUCGCCGGAAAGUCUCAAAACAAUUCUACAAGUAUUUUCCACUCUGAAACAAAACGUAGUGAUGAAACUCCCCAAGGACGCUUUGGAUAACCUCACACAACCUAAAAAUGUCUACAUCGCAGACACUCUUCCACAACUAGACGUGUUAUGUCAUCCAAACACAAAACUUUUCAUCACUCACGGUGGAUUGUUGAGUAUCCAAGAAGCAGCGUACUGUGGAACACCAAUAAUAGGCAUGCCGUUCCAUCCGCAUCAAGAAGUGAAUGUCAAGAACUACGUCGACAAGAUGGCGGGCGUCCAAUUGGACUACAGCUACUUGGACGCGACUAAUUUCCAAGACGCCAUCAAUACAGUUAUGAAUAACGAGACAUAUAAAACACACGCAGUAAAACUGUCGAAUAUAUUCAAGGAUAGACUCAUCCCGCCAUUGGACGCAGCUGUAUACUGGACGGAAUACGCGAUGAAACAUGGCGGACAACACAUCCGGUCCCUAAGUGCUGAUUUAAUCAUUUUCGAGUAUUUAUUGAUCGAUAUUGUUGUCCUUGGUGUUGCAUUAUGGUUGAUUGGCAUGUACGUCUUCUACAUGGUGUUGCAAUUCUUGCAAGAGUUGUUUGACAGACCGCCACCACCGAAAUAUGUUAAAAACGAGGAGAAACAAAGCAAAAAUGACUAAAAACUGAAAAUAUUUAAAAGAUUA